AUGGCCAUGACAGUCCUCAAGCACUACAGUUCAUGGGACAAGAAUGCAGCCGACUUUGGCUUCAAGCCCCCAACGUUCGAAAACCUUGUAAUGCGUGCGCUUGCUGUGGUUGAACCGGUUCUCUACGAGCGUUUCAUUGUGUGCCAAUCAAUGUCGAGCCUUGUCCAGUCAGGACAUCGUUUCUCCAACUACCAAUACGCGUCGUAUGCGGUCGAUGUGAAGUUCCAACCGUCACUUCGUCCAAUGGGCCGUUUUGCCGAGCAGAAGCGCUAUUUCAGUGGCAAGCAGGGGCUCUAUGGAUACAAGAUCGAAGCUGCAGUCUCACCUGAUGGUCGUUGUGUCGCCAUGUCCUGCUCGCUUCCUGGGUCGGUCCACGACUUCACGAUUCUCCACUCGCAACAAGCAAUCCACAAGGCCAUGCCCGAGAAGACUCCGGACGAGUCGUUGCGUCCUGACGAUGGGGAAUUGUCCACUCAGUAUCCUGAGAGUUGGGUCUGCUUGGUGGACAUGACAUACAUUGGCAUCGGGCACGUCCUGCGUAGAAUCCACCCAAAGCGGCGUCCAGCGAAUGGCAUGUUGGAUGCUGACGACUUGGAGCGGAACGAGCGGAUUUCGUCGGAUCGCGUGGUGGUCGAGAAUUUCUUUGGGCGUGUGUGUGCGUUGUGGAAGAUUUCGUAUGCUACGUUCUCAUGGUCGGAGAAGAACUACUAUGUCAUCCAACGAACGGCUUUUUCAUUGACGAACUUCCAUUUGUCUCUUAUGCCCCUCCGCAGCGAAGACGAGACGUUCUACGCGUAUGUCAUGGCGCGCUACGAAAGAAUGGCAACUGAGAAGAAACGCAAACGUGCGGAGUCUCAACGGCGAUAUCGAUUGAAUCGCCAAGAACGACUUGCAUUGGACCACAAUCGUGCAGGGCGUCUUCGUUUUAGCUAA